CUCUCUCUCCCUCUCUCUCUCUCCCCUCGCUCUUUUUCUCUCUCUUCUGAUGCUCCCUGUCGUGUAUUAAUCUGGACGAAGGUGGCCACGUGUUCUCCCAUGUCCAUCGACCCAGCCACCUAAAGCUUCCAGGUCUUAAAAGACUCUCUUCCCCCUUUCCUCAGUCCACUCCGUUUCUCUCUCUCUCUCUCUCUCUCUCUCUCUCUCUCUCUCUCUCUCUCCCUGGAACGAUCGUUCGUACCUCCUCAUCAUCGCCACCAUCACCACCAUCCCUUUCGCUCCUCUUACCUGCAAACCCUAGCAUCAACUCUCACUUCUACUCUAUCUUCAAUUUUCAUUCUUAAUUGCCUUCUGUAUCCUUUCCUCCUUUUCUGAAUUUGCUAUUUUUUGGGAUCGAUUUAUCGUUCCUCAGCUCCUGGCUGAUUUCUGAAAUUCUGGGUCUUCCUUGAUUUCUUAAUUUGUGAAGAGGGGGAAUUGGUUUAAUUGAUUUAGCUGCCGCGGUUGAAUUGGAUUGGGCUCGCGAGAUCCGUUGCAAAAUUUUGGGUUACUUUGAUCGCGUUGGGGGUGCACCUAAUCAACGAUUUGGAUCUGAUCGGGGGAGAAACAGCGCCAUCAGAUGGCGCUGUUCAGAAGAUUCUUUUAUCGGAAGCCGCCAGAUCGGCUUCUCGAGAUCUCCGAGAGGGUUUAUGUGUUUGAUUGUUGCUUCUCGACUGAUAUCCUGGAUGAAGAUGAGUACAAGGUCUACAUGGGUGGCAUUGUGGCACAGCUGCAGGACCACUUUCCUGAUGCUUCUUUUAUGGUGUUUAACUUCAGAGAAGGGGAGAGGAGGAGCCAGAUUUCUGACAUAUUGUCUCAGUAUGACAUGACAGUUAUGGAUUACCCUCGUCAAUAUGAGGGGUGUCCUCUGCUGCCAUUGGAGAUGAUCCACCACUUCCUGCGGUCCAGUGAAAGCUGGCUGUCUUUGGAGGGGCAACAAAAUGUGCUAUUAAUGCACUGUGAAAGAGGAGGGUGGCCUGUGCUUGCCUUCAUGCUUGCAGGUCUUCUUCUAUACAGAAAACAGUACAAUGGGGAGCAGAAGACUCUUGAAAUGGUCUACAAGCAAGCUCCACGGGAGCUUCUUCAUCUUCUUUCUCCUUUAAACCCACAGCCUUCCCAGCUGAGAUAUCUUCAGUACAUUUCCAGAAGAAAUAUGGGUUCAGAUUGGCCUCCAUCAGAUACACCUCUGAUUUUAGAUUGUGUUAUGCUUAGAGUUCUUCCCCUGUUUGAUGGGGGGAGAGGUUGCAGGCCAGUAGUUCGCAUUUAUGGUCAGGACUCUUCAACAGUAGCAAACAGAAGUUCUAAGCUUCUAUUUUCCACUUCAAAGAACAAAAAACUUAUUCACCACUACCCACAGGCGGAGUGUACGCUAAUAAAAAUAGAUAUUCAUUGCCGUGUUCAAGGGGACGUUGUUAUUGAGUGCAUCCAUCUGGAUGAAGAUUUGAUACGUGAGGAAAUGAUGUUCAGAGUUAUGUUCCACACAGCAUUUGUGCGAUCAAAUGCAUUGAUGCUCAGCCGUGAUGAAGUUGAUGUUUUAUGGGAUGCAAAGGACCAGUUCCCAAAGGACUUUAAGGCUGAGGUACUUUUUUUGGACACCAAUGCUGUUAUCUCUCGUGUCACCACAGAAGUGGCAAGGGAAGAUACAAAUGAGACAGAAGCUGCUUCACCAGAAGAGUUUUUUGAGGUUGAAGAGAUAUUCAGCAAUGUGGUGGAUGGGCAGGAAGGAAAGGGUGACUCUGAUACUCAUAUCAUUCGUGACCAUAAGACAGAUGAGGGAAAUCAUAAAGAAGUUUGGAAGGAAGCUUUGGAACCUCAUACAUUUCAAGAUUGUGCAUCAGAUGAUGGGAGUCUUAGACAGGAUGGGAAGGUGGAUUCUAAUCUUCAUGCAGUGAGGGACACUGGUUUGGAUGAGAGUUAUAACAAGUUGGACUAUACUGUAGUGAAUUCUGAUGUGCUUAGAAAUAUAGAAACUAAAGCAGAGGGUAGCAAGUUAGAAGAAAUGGAGAAUAAGCUUGAUAGAGAUGUCACAUCUAUGCAGAAGAUAGAAUCCAAGGUUUUGCAGGAAAAAUCAGGCGCCGAUGUUAGCAGACAAAAGUCUGAAAAACUGCUGCCUCUUGUACCAAAGAAACAGCCUGCUUCAAACAUAAAAUCAGCUGUGGAUCCUGUUGCAACCAAACAAAAAAAACAAGAGCCCCAGGGUGCAGUAGCAAAAUUAACAAAAUCAAAACCAACAGUAUCUAGGUGGAUUCCUCCUAAUAAAGGUUCUUACACUAAUUCAAUGCAUAUAUCAUAUCCACCAUCAAGGUAUAACAGCGCUCCACCUGCUCUUUUAGUCAGUGCUCCGAAAAAGGAUUCUAGUGCAGGCAGCAAUAUGAAGGCUUCUUCUGUUACUGCUGUUUGUACUGCUAAGGAUCCUAGAGAAGAUGCGCCUGAAAUAGCUGGUCAUGAGGUGGGUUAUACAAAGCCUCUGGUCUCUGUACCAGAGUCUGCUACUUCCCAGCAGCUGUCUUCUGCUCCAUCAUUCCAUGUGACUCAGCCACCAGCACAAUCUUGUUUGCAGCCAGUUGUAAACCCCCCCGAUCCAUCUACUUCUUCAUGUGCUUCUUCCUUACAAUCUCCUUCUGCAGCACAGCCAUGUGUAGGACAAACUCAGGCCCCCCAAUCACCACCACCACCACCACCACCACCACCACCACCACCACCACCACCACCACCUCCUCCUCCUCCUCCCUCUUUUGGGUUGUCAUUGUAUGCCUCUUCCUUUAAGCUUGCCUCACCGUUAGCCGCAUCAUUGCAGGAUGGGUUGGCAUCUUUGUCCCCUCCGCCACCACCUCCACCUAUUCAUUCUCCUGUUGCUGGUACAGCCCCUCCACCUGCUCCUCCACCUCCUCCGUCUACAUCAUAUUGGGCUGCUCCUCUAGGAGCACCUCCUCCCCCCUCUCCUCCCCCUCUCUCUACACCGUCUAUUUUGUUUGAUAGGCAGAAUAUUGGGAUGGUUUCACCUCCACCACCGCCUCCACUCCCUUGGAGUUCAAAUGCUCUUGCUGCUGUGUUAAGUACUAGAUCCCCAAUAGCACCACAACCACCACCACCACCACCUCCUCCUCCUCCUCCUCUCCCAAGUGCAUCUGUUGCAUCAAAACCUGGUUCAGUUAGCAUCCAUUCCUUUCCACCCCCACCACCACCUCCACCACCUCCUCCAGUGCAUAGAGUCCAGCCACUGCCAACCCCAUCCCCAUCAGUAGCAGCACCUAUUCCCAUACGUGGAGCCCCACCUCCGCCCCCACCUCCUCCACUAUAUGGAGUUCCAUCACCACCACCAGCUACUCCAACACGUGGGGCCCCACCACCACCACCACCACCAUUGCCACCUGCAAAACAUGGAGCUCCACCACCACCUCCACCUCCACCUCCUCCAGUGCAUGGAGCCCUGCCUCCGCCACCUCCACCUCCACGCUAUGGAGUUCCACCCCCGCCACCUCCUCCGCUGCAUGGAGCCCCACCUCCACCACCUCCUCCUCCAACACAUGGAUCAUCAUCCUCACCAGCCCCACCCCCGCCAACCCCUUCCAUGCGUGGAGCACCACCUCCACCACCUCCUCCCAUGCAUGGAGCGCCACCUCCACCACCACUUCCCGCAUAUGGAGUGCCGCCUCCACCACCUCCUCCCAUGGGUGCAGCGCCGCCACCUUCCCCUCCUUCCAUGCGUGGAGUGCCACCACCUCCACCACCACUAACGAACAGGGGACCGCCUCCACCUCCUCCUCCAUUGCACGGAGCUCCACCUCCACCGCCUCCUCCAGGAGCCCGUGCACCUAGCCUUCCUGCUCCACCUCGACCUCCUGGUGGUGCACCUCCUCCACCACCACCAUUCGGUGUCAAAGGGCCAAGCUCAGCAGCUGAUACAAGAGGCUUGCCUUUGGGAAGAGGGCGUGGGAUUUCACGCCCUUCACCAGCUACUGCACCUCGAAGAUCCUCCUUAAAGCCGCUGCACUGGAGCAAGGUAACAAGGGCAUUGCAAGGAAGCUUAUGGGACGAAUUGCAAAGAUAUGGCGAGCCUCAAACUGCGCCAGAAUUUGAUGUGUCAGAACUAGAGUCUCUUUUCUCUGCCACUGUGCCAAAGUCAGGUGAUGGUCCGGGAGGUAAAUCUGGAGGACGGCGGAAGUCAGUUGGAUCUAAAACUGACAAAGUUCAUCUGAUUGAGUUGAGAAGGGCCAAUAACACUGAAAUUAUGCUCACAAAAGUUAAGAUGCCUCUUCCAGAUAUGAUGGCAGCAGCACUGGCAAUGGAUGAGUCAAUUUUGGAUGUUGAUCAAGUGGAGAACCUUAUAAAAUUUUGUCCAACUAAAGAGGAGAUGGAACUUCUUAAGGGCUAUACUGGUGACAAGGAGAAUCUGGGAAAGUGUGAACAGUUCUUUAUGGAAUUGAUGAAAGUGCCGCGGGUGGAGUCAAAAUUGAGAGUGUUUUCUUUCAAGAUUCAAUUUCGGUCUCAGAUUACAGAUUUUAGAAAGAGUUUGAACACUGUAAAUGCAGCAUGUGAGGAGGUUCGAAAUUCCCACAAGUUAAAGGAAAUAAUGAAGAGAAUUCUUUAUCUGGGCAAUACAUUGAACCAAGGAACCGCAAGGGGUUCUGCAAUUGGAUUCAAGUUGGACAGUCUUCUGAAACUUACUGACACACGUGCUUCCAAUAAUAAGAUGACACUCAUGCAUUAUCUUUGUAAAGUCCUUGCUGCAAAGUCACCUGGACUUCUAGAUUUCCACAGGGACCUUGUUAGCCUAGAAGCUGCAUCAAAGAUACAAUUGAAGUCUUUAGCCGAAGAAAUGCAAGCCAUAAUCAAGGGACUAGAAAAGCUCAAGCAGGAGCUGGUUGCAUCUGAGAAUGAUGGCCCUGUUUCUGACGUUUUUCGUAAGACAUUAAAAGAAUUUAUUGGUGUUGCUGAGACAGAAGUGGUGUCUGUAACAAAUCUGUAUUCUGUAGUGGGUAGAAAUGCUGAUGCACUUGCUUUGUAUUUUGGUGAAGACCCUGCACGAUGCCCAUUUGAACAAGUUACUGUGACCCUAUUAAAUUUUGUAAGGAUGUUCCGAAAAGCACACGAUGAAAACUGCAAACAGGCUGAUUUAGAGAGGAAGAAAGCUGAGAAGGAGGCUGAAAUGGAGAAGGCCAAGGGAAUUAACCUGACAAAGAAGAGUGUGAAAUAGUCAGAGAUUUGAGUUCUACUUGUGUGGAAUGGGAAACUGAUUCUUGAGGUCUGCUGCAGUUUCAGCUGUUAAAUGAAGAUGCUGCUGCUUCCAAGACUGGUCAGAAGACUCCCUUUUUCCAGUUCCUGUGCCAUGUAUGAACCUUUUUAAGUUGAUUGGAAGAAGCAGAAUUUAUGGCUUCCCCUGCACGAGGAUUGCAGACCUAAGUCCCUGUGAACAGCUUAGCUGUGUAUGCAUGACAUGCAGAGUGCUGUUCAAUCAAUCUGAUGGCCGCAGUUGAUCAAUAUUUCACAUCAGAUACCAUUGAGAUACGCCGCGGGAUUUCUAACCACGUUAGCCACAUUAGGCUCAUUGAGUAGCAGAGGUUCUCUAGAAAGAUUUAUGAUGGAUCCUGGCCCCCUCAAUUUUUGUAGACCAUGUGAAUUUGGGGACAAUCCGUCCAUACAGUCAGUUUAUUGGUCUUGGGUUUCACCAUCCCUUCGGCCUUAUAUUUUUCAACACCAAAGAUAAUACCGCUGGAAUUACAGAAUACGAGCCCUAAUUGUGCCAUGAAACCUUGUACAAAGCUCUAACCCCUACUUACAUUCUUAUUCAAUUCUUUUUUUCUUUUUUGCUCCCUUGUCAAUGUAACAUAAAAAGUAGGAUCGUCUUUUUGUACUUGUAGGGAUUUUGACCAGAACCCGUCAGGAAGAUGUUGUGAAUAGGUCAGGAUUAGAAGUAAAAAGUAGAAAGCGGGUUCCUUUUGGUGUAAUUGUAAUAUAAUUGAAGGAAGUUUAUAGGCCAUGGAUUGGAAAUUGCUUGUUUUUGCCCUUUUGAUUCUUAGUUAAAAAUAUCCUCAUUUAUUAGAUGACA